CAACGCAUUUCUCUUAAGAGUAAACACAAAAAAAAAAAUAAAAAAAUGAAGAAAUUCCUCCUAGCAAUCCUCUCUUUGCUCCUAAUCAUUCGUCUCGGCCGGGGUUUCGACUUCCACGAGUCCGAGCUAGAGACGGAAGAGAAACUAUGGGCAAUGUACGAGAGGUGGAGGGCCCACCACACGGUCUCGAGGAGCUUAGACGAGAAGCACACACGAUUCAACGUGUUCAAGGCAAACGCACGCUACGUGCAUGGCUUCAACAAGGGAGACGAGCCGUACAAGCUUCGACUCAACAAGUUUGCCGACAUGACGGGACACGAGUUUCGAAGCAUGUACGCAAACGCUCGAGUGAGGCACCACCGCAUGCUCCAGGGGAGCGUGCGGGGGAACACUACCUUCAUGUACGAGGGCAUGAAGAGUGUCCCGGCCUCGGUCGAUUGGAGGGCGAAAGGGGCCGUUGUUGGAGUCAAAGAUCAAGGCCAAUGCGGGAGUUGUUGGGCGUUUUCAGCUGUGGCGGCCGUGGAAGGGAUAAACCAGAUAAAAACGGACAAAUUGGUGUCGCUAUCGGAACAAGAGCUUGUCGACUGCGACACUCAAAAGAACCAAGGCUGCAAUGGAGGUCUAAUGGACAUAGCAUUUGAGUUCAUAAAAAGUGAGGGCGGUAUCACGACCGAGAUAAACUACCCUUACAUCGGCAAAGAUGGAAAGUGUGAUCUCGAGAAGAUGAAGUCUCCGGCAGUGACAAUCGACGGCUAUGAAGACGUGCCGGAAAACGACGAAGAUGCACUGAUGAAAGCAGUCGCCAAUCAACCCGUGUCGGUUGCCAUUGACGCGGGUGGUUAUGGUUUCCAGUUCUAUUCAGAGGGGGUAUUUACAGGGAUUUGUGGAACAGAGCUAAACCAUGGGGUGACAAUUGUGGGUUACGGAACAACAGUUGACGGAACCAAAUAUUGGAUCGUGAAAAACUCUUGGGGGCCCGAAUGGGGCGAGAAGGGCUAUAUCAGGAUGAAACGAGGGGCUAGAUAUAAAUACGGGCUUUGCGGUAUUGCCAUGGAAGCAUCUUAUCCGAUUAAGAAUAAGAUGUCAUCCAACAAUGUUCCCAAAGAUGAACUCUAAAAUCGCGAACAUGUCACAGACAUUAAUUCUUCUGCUGUUUGUGCAAGUAACUGAAACUCCAUGCUACGAUUAUGGAGCUCCUUAACACAUUAUUACAAUUAUUUGUGAGGUGAAUGAAAUUCAAAGAGAUAUAGUGGAUUUGAAAUCAUGUGUGUAUCGGGCGUGAUUUGCUCGUUUAGUAAUGAAAUAAACUGUGUCCCUUUAUAUUUAAAGAUACUUUCGCAUUGAUAUAGAACAAGACGUGU